GCGGCGGCGGUGGCGGCGGCGGCAGAUGCGGGGCGCUGACCCGCGCGCACAGCGGAGCCAGGUUGCUGUGGGCGCCAUGUCCCGGCGAUCCGCCCUGCUGCAGUGAGGGAGGCCGGGCGCGGCCGCCCGCCCCGGCCGGGCAGCAUGGCCAAGGCGCGGCUCUUCCGGCUGUGGCUGGUGCUGGGCUCGGCGCUCAUGAUCCUGCUCAUCAUCGUGUACUGGGACAACGUGGGCACGGCCCACUUCUACCUGCACACCGCGCUGUCGCGGCCCCGCGGGCCCGGGCCCGGCCCCACCCCGGGGCGCCCCUCCGAGGCCGACCCGCUGCUGCUGGACGCACUCCUCACCCCCGAGGCCCCGACGGAGCUUGCGGGAAGCAAGGCGGAGCCGGCGGCGGCGCCCGCGCCCAGCCCCGGGGCCCGGAGCCCCAUGGAGGAGAGCGUGCGCGGCUAUGACUGGUCGCCCCGCGACGCCCAGCGCAGCCCGGACCCGGGCCGGCAGCAGGCCGAGCGGCGGCGCGUGCUGCGGGGCUUCUGCGCCAACGCCAGCCUGGCCUUCCCCACCAAGGAGCGCGCGUUCGAGGACAUCCCCAACUACGAGCUCAACCACCUGAUCGUGGACGACCGGCACGGCGUCAUCUAUUGCUACGUGCCCAAGGUGGCGUGCACCAACUGGAAGCGCGUGAUGAUCGUGCUGAGCGAGAGCCUGCUGGACCGCGGCGCGCCCUACCGCGACCCGCUGGCCAUCCCGCGCCAGCACGUGCACAACUCCAGCACGCACCUCACCUUCAACAAGUUCUGGCGCCGCUACGGCCGCUUCUCCCGCCACCUGAUGAAGGUCAAGCUGCAGAAGUACACCAAGUUCCUGUUCGUGCGCGACCCCUUCGUGCGCCUCAUCUCUGCCUUCCGCAGCAAGUUCCAGCUGGAGAACGACGAGUUCUACCGCAAGUUCGCCAUGCCCAUGCUGCGCCGCUACGCUAACCACAGCAGCCCGCCCGCCUCCGUGAGCCAGGCCUUCCGCGCCGGCCUCAAGGUCACCUUCACGCACUUCAUCCAGUACCUGCUCGACCCGCACACCGAGACGCUGGCGCCCUUCAACGAGCACUGGCGCCAGAUCUACCGCCUCUGCCACCCGUGCCAGAUCGACUACGACUUCGUGGGCAAGCUGGAGACCCUGGAUGACGACGCUGCCCAGCUGCUCAAGCUGCUUAAGGUAGACGGCAGGUUGCACUUCCCCCCCAGCUACCGGAACAGGACGGCCAGCAGCUGGGAGGAAGGCUGGUUCGCAGGCAUCCCCCUGGCCUGGAGACGCCAGCUCUACAAACUCUACGAAGCCGACUUCGUCCUCUUUGGCUACCCCAAGCCUGAAAACCUGCUCAGAGACUGAAUGCCCCACACCACGAUGGUGCUGGGCAGAGGCGCUGCCCCGAGCGCAGCCAAGUGCUUGAGAUGGGGGCCCGGAGGCCAGGUGGGCUCCACCACCCUACCGCCCCUCCCCCCCAGCCCGCAGGCCAGGGAGUGCCUCACACUCCGUGUGUGUGUUUUUUAAAUAAGCUGCCACCUUGCAAUCUGGACUCACUGUGCUCGCCACAGCCUGUGUUCACGGGCACCGUGUUAAUAUUGUUUUCUAAGAUUAAUAUAUUUCAGAUAUUUAAUAGGAAAGUGGGAGUGAGCUGGAGUAAAACGUGGCACCCAGGUC